AUGGAACGCGUACUAAAAUAUCUGCGUGAAAUCGUUGGAGGAAGUGCGGAGAGUAGGUUAGAGGUAUCAGAUGCUGAAUAUGCAGAAAAAUUACAGGUCGAAGAGGCCCUGCAGGCUUCUCUGGCCAAUCUUCAGAUAUCCCACCACAAAAGUCCAUCAUUUAAAGCCAAACAGGCUGCAGGUGAAUCACAAACAACACACGUCGAGGCAAAGAUCCAAGAAAACAUUCAUAUGAUAACUUGCCCGACUUUAACUUGUGACCACAUCAUUCAACCUUUUUCUCUCAGGGGUAUAAUCCCUGAAAUUGUUUUUGCUCGAUGGGAAAAGGCCUGGAAUGAGGCAACAAUCCCCGAUUCACAGAAAUUCUAUUGUCCGUUCAAGGAUUGCUCAGCCAUGUUGCUGAAUGACGAUAAGAAGGGAAAGAUGAUCAGACAGUCCGAAUGCCCAGUAUGCCGUCGAUUGUUCUGUGCACGAUGUUAUGUCCCCUGGCAUGGUGGUUUCAACUGUAAACAAUUCCAGAAGCUGAAAGUGAAUGAAAGAGGCAGCGAUGAUCUGAAGGUGCACGUCCUUACUAAGGAGAAGAAAUGGACCAAAUGUCCCAACUGCAAUUAUGUUGUUGACAAGGUUGCAGGAUGUAUUCAUAUGACUUGCAGGUGCAAGUUUGAAUUCUGCUACAAAUGUGGAUCAAAGUGGAGUGCAAGACACUGGCGUUGCCAGGCAUGA